AUGCCAGUCGAUUUAAAACCACGUUUUGGAGGAGGAGGAGGCCAUUCAAGCGGUGGACGCUCUAGUGGGGAACGUUCUAGUGGGGGACGUUCAAGCGGGGGACAUUCAGGCUCUGGGUCAAAGCCAAAAAAACCAAAAAAACCCAAGGGAGGUCGUCCAAUAGUUGGAGGUGGUCACCGUGGUCAUCAUAAUACCAGCAGCAGUAGCAGUACAACUGAGGAAAAAAAGCAUAAAAAAACAUCAACCAAAAAAUCACACAAGAAGACCAAGACCAAAGAUGAUAAAGAAAAGACUGAAGAACACAAGAAGUCAAAAACCCAUUCAUCAAGCACUACAACUACAACUAACAACAAGCAUCAUAAGGAUCAGAUUACUAGCAUUCAUUCAUUCCCUACUACUUUGACAUUGAAAACUCUUGAGCAGAGAGAUUUAUCAAUGAUCAUUCCAACAAUGACAUCUACUUCUGAGCAUUACCAAACAACCGGGGCAAGCUCAGGAUCAACCAUUUAUUGUGCAAAUGAUUUUACUGAGGUAUCUUCUAAUAUGUCGCUCUAUGUCGCUGGUGGUAUUUUGGGCUUAUUUGUUGUGUUCUUGGCUGUUUGCCGUGCUUUCAAAACAAAUAAGUCUCAGGAGGACUAUUUGGAAAAAAAAGUAUAUUAUACACAUUUACCUACAACAGAUGACUCAAGAGAAGAAAUGGAUGAAAAGAAAAGAAGAACAUCGUGA